AGCUUGAUUCCAUGUCCCCCGCUGCCUCCCUGCCAGACUCCCGAAGAUGAUGGCCAUGAACGCCAAGCAGCCUUUCGGCAUGCACCCCGUACUGCAAGAACCCAAAUUCUCCAGCCUGCACUCCGGCUCUGAGGCCAUGCGCCGAGUUUGUCUCCCAGCCCCGCAGCUGCAGGGUAAUAUAUUUGGAAGCUUUGAUGAGAGCCUGCUGGCACGCGCCGAAGCUCUGGCGGCGGUGGAUAUCGUCUCCCACGGCAAGAACCAUCCGUUCAAGCCCGACGCCACCUACCAUACCAUGAGCAGCGUGCCCUGCACGUCCACCUCGCCCACGGUGCCCAUCUCCCACCCGGCUGCACUCACCUCGCACCCGCAUCACGCGGUACAUCAGGGCCUCGAGGGCGACUUACUGGAGCACAUCUCGCCCACGCUGAGCGUGAGCGGCCUAGGGGCCCCGGAGCACUCGGUGAUGCCGGCGCAGAUCCACCCGCAUCAUCUAGGCGCCAUGGGCUCCUUGCAUCAGGCCAUGGGCAUGAGUCACCCGCAUGCCGUAGCACCUCACAGUGCCAUGCCCGCGUGUCUCAGCGAUGUGGAGUCAGACCCUCGAGAGCUGGAAGCGUUCGCCGAGCGCUUCAAGCAAAGGCGCAUCAAGUUGGGGGUAACCCAGGCGGACGUGGGCGCGGCUUUAGCCAAUCUUAAAAUCCCCGGCGUGGGCUCGCUCAGCCAGAGCACCAUCUGCAGGUUCGAGUCUCUUACUCUGUCGCACAACAACAUGAUCGCGCUCAAGCCGGUCCUCCAGGCCUGGCUGGAGGAGGCCGAGGCCGCCUACCGAGAGAAGAACAGCAAGCCGGAGCUCUUCAACGGCAGUGAGCGUAAGCGCAAACGCACAUCCAUCGCCGCUCCAGAGAAGCGCUCACUCGAAGCCUAUUUCGCCAUCCAGCCGCGUCCUUCAUCCGAGAAGAUCGCGGCCAUCGCUGAGAAACUGGACCUUAAAAAGAAUGUGGUGAGGGUCUGGUUCUGUAACCAGAGACAGAAACAGAAACGAAUGAAGUACUCUGCUGUCCACUGAUUGCGGCGGGUGCGGCGUCCGGAAGAGCCUGGAGAGCCUAGUGGCAUCGCCCCCUUCCGAUGGGAGGGGGACGUUACGGGACACUCCAGGGUGUUUCCUGGCAGGUCAGGCUCUUUCCCCCCCGAGUCACAGACUUUCCCCCUUUGUCCCGCUUAAUUGCCUCCUGGCCAUCUUUUCCUCCUUUUUCUCUCUGUUCCCACCAAAAAAGAAAAAAGUUCUGGCGCUAGGGGAAAAAAAGAAAAAUUUUCCCCAAGGGAAAGCUUGGCCGGACGUUGUGCUGUCCGUGGUGCUGAAACUCGGCCUUGCUCUUGAGACCGCAGGACCUCAGGGCUGUAUCCCUGAAGCACACGGGGUAGUGAAUUGACCUGGCAAUCCGACCGCAAGGAGAAAGUACCACUUCUUGGCUAGGCAUCAUUAGGUAAGGGCGAAGGUAAGGAAAAGAGCGGUAGAUAAUAAUAUAAAGUCUAGGAUAUUUACCCGGGACACAAACAUGGAGAUUAACUAAUUUAUUAGAGUAUAUAAAACACAUGUUUCCAAAGGAUAGCCUUAUAAUAAUUCCUUUCUGCACCUAAAUUCUUCCCAUUGUAUCGGUUGGUUUACCGUACAUCCUCAUAAGUAGCAUGGGUUAAAUUCAGGAACAGUGUGCGAGAUGUUGGGAGUUCUGGGUGGUUGGUAGUCAAUAGGAUUUUCAGCAAAGUGGGCCCAACCCAGACUGAAAACACUUGCGAUGUCUUCUUGGCUGUUGGUGAACAGAGGCCAGCUCUGGCUAUCUUCGUCGACCUCCAGGAAUUUGAGGAGUAUUUGCUUUCUGGAGGGGCGGGGUUGGUGGUUUCAGAUCAGAUCAACUGAAGAAGAUUCCUUCAUCUCAGCUCACUGCUCUCAUCAGAAUGUCAGCCCAGUGUUCCCAAGUGACUGUAACUUCAGGAAUUAUAUGCAAAUCCUUCCAACACAUCUAACCUAACUGUUGCACUUUUAUGACUGUGGCUGCUGGCAUAGCUAGUUCUUGUUACUUAGUUAACUCUGCGUUGAGUUCUCUGCCAGGCUUUGUGUGUCUCUUGUGGACAGUCUGGUAUACUUUUGAGCAGCGUAAGAGCGGGACCACAGAACUGGACCCUUCUCCCUGCAGUCACAGUUCCCGAGCAUUUUAUUUUUCAUUGCUUCGUGUAGUUUGUGUGUUGCCGUGUGACCUUUGGUUUCGUUUCUGGAAUAGAUACAAAUAAAACAUUGUGUUUCUUCUCUUUAUCCC